UCUGAUGUCACAAGGUGCGCGCGCUUUUCUUAUCACGUGACUGCAGCCCAGGCCGCGCUGCUCCUGUCGCUUCUUUGGAUGCCGGCACUGCUACCUGUAACCUCCCGCCUUCUGUUGUUACCCCGAGCCCUGUUCUCCAUGGCCUCUCGAAGUGCCCCAUCCCAAUCAUCCCCGACUUCGGACUCUGGCUAUGUCCCUGGCUCGGUUUCAGCAGCCUUUGUCACCUGCCCUAAUGAGAAAGUCGCCAAGGAGAUCGCCAGGGCUGUGGUGGAGAAGCGCCUAGCAGCUUGUGUCAAUCUCAUCCCGCAGAUUACAUCCAUCUAUGAGUGGAAAGGAAAGAUUGAGGAGGACAGUGAGGUGCUGAUGAUGAUUAAAACCCAAAGUUCCUUGGUACCUGCAUUGACAGAAUUUGUUCGUUCUGUACAUCCUUAUGAAGUUGCUGAGGUGAUUGCAUUGCCAGUUGAACAGGGGAACUCCCCCUAUCUGCAUUGGGUUCGCCAGGUCACAAAGCUCAUUUCUGACUCCAGCACUGUCCUACCAUGAGUAGCCCUGUCCUCACCAUGAUCCCCUCAUAUACAUCAGUGUCCUCUGAUUGCCAGGUGAUGACUGGGCCCUCAAUAAAUCCUAUCUUUG